UGUAAUUUCGGAAAAUAUUGUUAGAUUAAAGCUUCCCAGUUUUUCGGUGUUGGUAUCCACCAGGUUAAAGGUCAACAUUUCUUGGAAUAGAUCGUGAUGCGCAGCAUUUCGGUGUUUUGGCCUUGGGAAUUUUGAGAUUGCUCCAAAAUACCGCGUCGUCACUUCAACUGCGCUUACUGUAAGUAACACGGAGGCAUUACUUAAGGAGAUAACCACGACAACAGCUCGAGAAAGGCGGCGGGGAAAGUUGGUGAGGUCUCGCAGUUUUGGGGGCGGGCGGCCGCUGGGCCCGGUCCGCGAUCACGAUGUCGCACUGCCGUAUCGCAUGACAAGGCGCUAUUUACGGGGAUCAGUGAUUCCCGUCUGUCAUGUCUGGCUACGUCCGUACGGAACGAAGACACGCAAACCCCCGGAGAGCUGCCGCUGAUGGACGUUCAGAGCGAGACAACUUUUCGAUCGAGUUCAAGUCACCGGGAUUCUGCCAAGGCUCCUGAUGUUGCAGACUUUCGUCAUUGAUGCUGAGACGUGCCGGUUCUUACAUGCCUUGCCAUCAUGUCAUGGCGGACCGUGGUUCGGGCUUGUCACGGACGAUCUGUAUUUUGCUGAUGCUGAUGGUUUGCCUGUCCGUGAGCCGUGCUCAGAUUAAGGGCGCGGGGUGGACCCCGGAGGCCUACCCUAACCCCCAGACCCAGCCCGCCCUCUGCGGCAGGGCCAACACCUUCAGAAACUCCUCCUGGAUCUGUGACCCUGACGGCAUCCUCACCAGAUGGCAAGCGGAUGAGCUUGAUGAGUACCUGGAGAGUGUGAGAUGGGAGACGCCGUGUCCCUGUGACGUGUGCGACGGCGUAGCGGACGGCUACAACAUCGCCGUGGCACUCAUGAAGAGUAUGACUGUCACUGAUAAAUCACAUAAUGUAUCGUAUAGAGCACAGAAUUUUGCCAAUUACCUGCGAACGACUACAUGGGACUUUGGGUCGUGUGACGAGGGCGUGGUCAUCCUGAUCUCACAGAAAGAAAGACGGAUCUAUACUUCGGUCAACAAAGAAGUCGGACUCAAACUGACCCCCUUCCGUCGGACCAGCAUCUAUGAGAAGCGCCGCGGGCUGUUCUCCCUGGAUAACUACCAGUUGGGACUGGCCACCCUGGUGUUCGACUACAAGGCCGUUCUCAUCGGUACGUACCAGGACGUGGAAGAGAUGGCCGAACAGAACCUGAGCACGGUGGUCAGCGGCGUGUGCGUGGCCCUGUCCUUCUUCUUCUGCUGCGGCUGCUGCCUGGUCCUGGGGAAACACGAGGUGGAGACACGGGGAACCAUGACUCCAUCUACCAGCAUGGGUACAGAGACAGCCGAGCUGAUGGCGGUCAGGCAGCCCGGCCAGGGCUACACCAGCGUGGCGGGGUUCGGCGGAGGGGACGCCGGCGCAGACGCUGGUGCAGAUGCUGGGGGAGACGCCGGUGGUUUUUAGAUGUUUUCCUGGGAAACACUGACUGAGUGGUACAUGUACAUACCAGCCAUAGGAAAAAAGUAACACAACCCUGUGUACUGUGUUUAGUGUCACUUCUUUCUUUGAUACCCUUUUUUCCAAAAACCACAGUACUUUUAAUGUCUGACACAAAGUUCCUAAUUUGACGAUAUCAAACAAUAGCAUGUUCUGUAACUGUGCUGUAAUUAUGCAGUAGGACAGUAGGCUGUACACAGAGUUGUGCUUUUUUUUCUGCUAGGAAACAAUUUAAGCUUAUGCCCUUUUGGUACAGUGUUCUAGUUUGACGUGUUAUUGUUUGACGGCUAACCCCCACCUCAAAAUGCACUGAAGGAAUUCCUUGCAAGGACAUGUUGGAUUUUUGAAGCCUUUGCAAGCAUUUGGUGUUUGGACUGUUAUAUGAAAGAUACUGAUAAAUCCUACACCAGACACCAAAGACAAGCUGACCCAGGACAAGGCAAAAAUGGGAAAUAAGACAGAAGAGACCAGCAACUAAGGAAUACUCUUUGAAGGACUGGCAAUGAUGAUGACAUUGACAAAGAAUGGAUGAUGGAAUAGGGAUAACGUGGACAUUCUUAUAUGGACUUUUUUCCAGUGAAGAGUAUUUUUUUACUGUAAACUCUGGCUCCAAAUACGUGAUCUCCAAACAAAAUAGCAAGUCAUUUUCAAAAGCAGUUGCCUUUGGCAAGGUAUUUUUAGAAUUUAAGAUGUGGAGUUUGACUUAACUCAUUAAAGAUCCAUGGAUGGUGGCAUUGUCCUGAUUUAAUAACUUCAUUCUGUCGCUCCGUUGAAAUGCACUGGUCCUGGAGUUAAUGUGUUAAGUUGUCACUAUGUCUUUACUUGUGUCCCCUUUAAUUUGGGUGCCCUGUACCUCUGUAGAGAACUGUGGGCCACAAGUCCUAUCUAUACUUCUCAGGGCUGGAAGUACCACCUGCUUAUGCAGGUUAGUGCAGGUAAAAUUGGAGAUGUGCAGGUAUUUUUGAUAACCACCUGUUCCUAACCUGCACUGGGGCAUGACAAAACCAGCGCCGGACACUAGCUUUAGGGGGACAUACAUACAUGCAUGUAUACAUGUAUGACCAUUGGUGGUCAAAAACUGACUUCCAUUCUUCAAAGUAGCAUCAUUGAAGACAGCAAAGAACAAUAAAAUUUAAAAUGGUGCUACUAACUACACUAUUUUCAAAACAUUUCAAUUUCUUCAAGAAGUAAAAGGCAAAGUCAAGAUAUGACAGUCUAUAGCCACAACUUAUGAACAAAGGCAGUCACUGAUCAAGGACUUCACAGAAUCAAGUAGUAGGAGGCUGGCAGAUUGAUUAUAACACAUCCUUUGCAGGGACUGCUACCUGACAUGUGGUUCUUCAAUUAGAGAAGAAAACAUGAUUUGCUGCUACCCAUGCAUGCACAGAUUUUAGGUGAUUUAUGAAAUGACAGAAUUGUUGCUGUCAUAAAACAACCAUGUGUUGUUCAUUUCAAAACAAGAUAUUUUCAUAUGUUGUUCAUUUAUUCCUAUCAAGUACAUCAUACAUGUAUUUGGGGACACUGGAGGUCUUCCAUAAAGUCAAGUCACUAAUAAUGUUUUGAAAUCUAUGCAGUGUGAAGCAGUU